UGGUGUCGGCAAGGCCAGUGUGUAAAGUUUGGAGAGCAUGGGCCCCGGCCCAUCCAUGGCCAGUGGUCCGCCUGGUCUAGGUGGUCAGAAUGUUCCCGGACGUGUGGUGGAGGGGUCCAGUAUCAGGAGAGACACUGCAAUAACCCCAAGCCUCAGUAUGGUGGCAAGUUCUGUCCAGGUUCUAGCCGUAUUUAUCAGCUGUGCAACAUUAACCCUUGUAAUGAAAAUAGCUUGGAUUUUCGAGCCCAGCAGUGUGCAGAAUAUAACAGCAAACCUUUCCGUGGAUGGUUCUACCAGUGGAAACCCUACAUGAAAGUGGAAGAGGAAGAUCGAUGUAAACUGUACUGCAAGGCUGAGAACUUUGAAUUCUUUUUUGCAAUGUCCGGCAAGGUGAAAGAUGGAACUCUUUGUUCUCCAAACAAAAAUGAUGUUUGUAUUGAUGGGAUUUGUGAACCAGUGGGAUGUGAUCACGAACUUGGCUCUAAAGCAGUUUUGGAUGCAUGUGGUAUUUGUAAAGGUGAUAAUUCAACUUGCAAAUUUUAUAAAGGCCUGUACCUCGACCAGCAUAAAGCAAAUGAGUAUUAUCCGGUGGUCAUCAUUCCAGCUGGGGCCCGAAGCAUCGAAAUCCAGGAGCUGCAGAUUUCCUCCAGUUAUCUUGCAGUUCGCAGCCUCAGUCAAAAGUAUUACCUCACAGGAGGCUGGAGCAUCGACUGGCCUGGGGAGUUCCCUUUUGCCGGGACCACGUUUGAGUACCAGCGCUCCCUUAACCGCCCGGAACGCCUGUAUGCACCAGGGCCCACAAACGAGACGCUAGUCUUUGAAAUUCUGAUGCAAGGCAAAAAUCCGGGGAUAGCUUGGAAGUAUGCACUUCCCAAGGUCGUGAAUGGAACUCAGCCAACCACAAAAAGACACCCUUAUGCCUGGAGUACAGUACAGUCAGAUUGCUCCGUCUCCUGCGGUGGAGGUUACAUAAGUGUAAAGGCCAUUUGCUUACAAGAUCAAAAUACUCCAGUCAAUUCCUCAUUCUGCAAUGCGAGAACCAAGCCAGCAACUGAACCCAAAACAUGCAAUGCUUUCUCCUGCCCAGCCUACUGGAUGCCAGGUGAGUGGAGCCUUUGCAGCAAGUCGUGUGCAGGGGGCCAGCAGAGCCGGAAGAUCCAGUGUGUGCAGAAGAAGCCCUUCCAGAAGGAGGAAGCAGUGUUGCAUUCCCUCUGCCCAGUGAGCACGCCCACUCAGGUUCAAGUCUGCAACAGCCAUGCCUGCCCUCCGGAAUGGAGCCUUGGGCCCUGGUCUCAGUGUUCCGCAAGCUGUGGUUUGGGUGUGAGGAAGAGGGAGAUGAGAUGCAGCGAGAAGGCCUUCCAGGGAAAGCUGAUAACUUUCCCAGAGCGGAGAUGCCGCAGUAUUAAGAAACCAAACCUGGACUUGGAAGAAACCUGCAACCGAAGGGCUUGUCCAGCCCGUCCUGUGUACAGUAUGGCAGCUGGCUGGUAUUCAUCACCGUGGCAACAGUGCACGGUCACCUGUGGGGGAGGGGUCCAGACCCGAUCAGUCCACUGUGUUCAGCAAGGACGGCCUUCCUCAAGUUGUCUGCUGAGUCAGAAGCCUCCUGGGCUACGAGCCUGCAAUACAAACUUUUGUCCAGCUCCCGAGAAGAGAGAGGAUCCAUCCUGUGUAGAUUUGUUCAGCUGGUGUCAACUAGUUCCUCAGCAUGGUGUCUGCAACCACAAAUUUUAUGGUAAACAGUGCUGCAAGUCAUGUACAAGGAAGAGCUGAUCUUGACAUCUUCCCCAACAACACAGGGCCAGGGUCCUACCUUUCAACAUCUGAAGAGACUAGCCACCUUUCAGAUCAGAAGGAGAGCACUACAAACCCUUUGUGAACUGCUGAGGUGUUUGAUGAGCCAGCUCUGAGGAAAGGACAGCUUGCCACCAGGCUCCUUAUUUAAUUCUCCAAAACACAUGGUACUCCAAAGCACUUGAAAAUGGGAAGCGAUGACAAAUCUGACUUACCAAAAACAAAAUCUUUGAUUUGCACUGUAACACAAAAGAAGUGAUCAAUCACACUGAAAUAUGUCAAGUUUUAAUUUUGACAAAGUGAGAAUCUUGUCAACUUUGGGAUAGAUCCCCCUUCUGAAUUUGAAAGGGUUCAAUCACAAAGACGCCUGUUUUAAAGGGUCCUUUAAGACUUCAGGUCAAAGACUGAGACUUGGAGAAAUCAAAGAUGGAUAAAACACCUUGCCUAACUGUUGCUGGGAGUUCACAGUUUGACUAAAACUGUGAACACCCAAACCAGGUGUUAGAG